AUGAACUAUUUUUCAUGGAUGCCAUGGGGAAAAAAGAAAUCAGAUGAAAAUACAAAUUUAAACGAUAAUAUUAAAUCAAAUACAGAAACCGAAAAAAUUAAAGAUACAGCACCAACAAGUGAAACUAGUAAUAUAGAUGCAGAAAAAAACCCUCAAAAAACCACAACCACAAACAAAACCACUCAACCUAAAAAAGAAAAAACCCUCGAUGAAAGAAAAUUUGAUAUGGUUGAUUUAAUUGUAGAUCCACCCAUCAACCAUGUAAAGAUGACACCAGAACUAUAUGAAUCACUUGCAAAUGUUGGUAGAAAUGGAACAUCACCUUUUACACCAUCACAAUCAUUAUGGCUCAAUGGUAUAGUUGGUGGUUCAAUUGGUUAUAUAAUUUCAAAUAGUAUUUUUAAAAACAAUCCAUUGGUCAGAUUCAGAAAUACAAUGAUUUUUAGUUCAACAUUUUUAGGUGCUUACUAUUUUUCAAAUAACUAUUUCAAAGCCUCCAAAUAUGACCAUAUAAACUUUUUAUAUAAAAAAGAUAGUUUUAUCAGAGAAUGUGAUGUCUAUUUUUCAAAUGAAAUUCUUCCCUAUAUAAUAGAAAAAGAUAUAAAAGAUAGCAAAUAUAGAAUCACUUCAAAUGGUGAUAUUGUAGAUCCAGAAACUUCAGAAGUAGUAUUAAAAAAUUAUAAUGGUAGUCUUAAAAAGUUUUUUAACCCAUUAAAUGUUGAUUAA